AACAGUUGGAAACACGACACUCUUGGAGAGAGGUAUACCGAGUUUGUGACUGUAUCCGAGAACCUGUUUUUCAACCUUCGGUUAGAUAUUGUGGUUACACAGUGCUGUGGUGUUGGGUGUUGUGCAGUGCUUAGCUUAAGCUUAGUUCGUUGGGAGUCAAGACGAGUUGAACAAACACACCAGCCCGUUCUCAUUUAGGUUACGCGUUCGCCGUGUUCCGUUCGUAAAAAUAAACAUUGUAACUACAACCGCUGGCGUUUUCUCUUUGUGCGACGUUCAGUGCGAGCAACAAUUUCGAGUUUUGACAUUUAACGCUUUUUUGUUGGAAUUUUAAAUUGACCAGAGCGCAAAAUGGGCUUUGCAACGGGUGUUGUGAAAUACUUGGUGUUUCUGUCCAACCUUCUAUUUGCCUUGGCCGGAUUAGCUUUAAUAAUUAUCGGAAUAUUAGUAAAGUUUAAUGUCAGCGAAGCGACCAAAAUACUUCCGUCCGACUUUGGCUUGGCUCCCCUGCUGUCCAUUAUUAUUGGCGCAAUUGUCUUCGUAACGGCUUUCCUAGGAUGUUGCGGUGCAGUCAAAGAAAGCACUUGCAUGCUGACCACGUAUGCAAUCAUCCUUCUCACCAUUUUCAUCCUUCAAGUCGCUAUCGGAGUUUACGCCUUUUUGCAAAUUAGAGACAAAACCUCUUUCAAUCAAGCAAUUGAAGACAAUGUACAGAAGACCUUCGACGCGAUGAACAAGAGUCCCGAAGCCAACGAAACGAUGCAGAUUACUCAAAAAUGGUUGCAAUGCUGCGGUGUUUUCGGCAAAUCGGACUACGAAGACAGAAGCCAGAAGCUUCCUCCCUCUUGUUGCCACAACGUCGACGCUCCUCAAUGCCCGAGUACGAAUAACGACGUAAACAACGAAGGAUGCGCUCCCAAACUGCAACAGGAGCUGGAGAAAAGUUCGAAAAUUAUCGGCGGAGUUGCCAUCGGUAUUGCCGUGGUAGAGAUUGUUGGAGCUAUAUUUGGAUUAUGCCUCGCCAGUUCGAUCCGAAACAGCUACCGAAGACACAUAUACGCUUAAUAAAUCGCAAUUUUAUUUAUAUUUAUUUGUUGUAAUUUUCAUUCAGUUUUAAUGUUUCUGUUAAUUUUAAAGUUUUUAGUUUUUUUUGUACCUAAUUAAGUACUGUAUUUUAAAAGUUGAAACCUUGUUAAAUUUAAAAGAGCUAUAUCAACAAACUUUUGUAUAUUUAACAUUAGAGUAACGAAUAAAACGAGAUAA